UUUAUCGCCAUUAAUUAUUGUGGCGUCUACUGUGACGCAUGUGUUUAUAUACUACAUUACUUUAUUAAUAAAUAAUAGUUGUUUAAAAUGUUUACAAAAUGUUAUAUAUCGCAUAUAUUUUUAUUAACGUUACUCGCAGCACUCGCAUGUGGUCAAUACGUCAACAAUCUAACUCCCAAGCAGCGAUCAAGAAUUAGACCUAAUUACAAAGAUGAGACGAGUAACUUAACUUCGGCGGAUUUAAUCAACUUAAAAUCGCGGGAUCUGUUCAGAAUUAUACAUCGAAGGAUGGAGAAUAGAGAUCUCGAAGUCGAUCCUUGCGAGACCCCGACUUUUGUGAUGCCCGACUUCCAAAGUCCUGGUCUACGUCUCAGUGAUGUCAAAUGCUUAGAAAACUUAUGGAAAAUACGUUACUACGAUGAAGCAUUGAUAAGUGCAGCGUACUGUACUAAUAACAGCAAAUCGUCAGGAGUGUACAGUAUAGUUACUGCGGUCGCUGGCGGACUAGAUGGCAUUGCUGGGGAAUUCCCUCAUAUGGGUGCAAUAGGUUGGCAGACAGUAAGGGAUUCUUGGUUGUUCAUGUGUGAAGGAGCGCUGGUGAGCGAGAAGUUCAUGGUGACAGCUGCCCACUGCUCGCAAUUGCCCAAGCCCCACGUAAGGGUCGAUGACCUCACCCCGAAGAUUGUUCGUUUAGGGGAAGUCAAUAUUUCUGAUGAGGAGCGCAUCGGGAAGUCACCUAAGGACGUUUUUAUAAACAGAUUUAUACUACAUCCCUAUUACAAACUUCGGAAUAAAAAUUACGACAUAGCUCUAAUUGAGUUCAAAGAUGCACUGGUGUUGACAAGUAAAGUUUAUCCGGCGUGUAUAUGGACUAAUCAAUUCGAGUUGAAGGGCCCUGCGGAGUUAGCUGGAUGGAAUACGAUAGAAUCAAAUAAAACGGUCGCACCCAAGGAAUUCAUCAGUGAUAGCUUCGAUGUCUUCACAAGGCUUACCCUCUUGUCAAAAAUUUCGAAUAGUGACCUAGAGAAAGAUCCUAAUGCAACUAUCCCUGUGUUGCGAGUCGCCAAGGUGAAUGUAAGGAGCAUGUGGACGUGUUACAAGUGGAUGAAUCAGAACAUUUUAUAUAAUCAGUUUUGCGCGGAACGGAGAUCGCCGAACGAAACCAAUUGCCAGGAUACCAGCGGUGUGCUCAGUGCAAGGAUUAAUAUGCCAGAAUACACAGACUGGCAUAUGCAUUAUUUGAUUGGUGUCAAAUCUUUCAAUCGAGGAUGCGACAACGAGAAUAAAAGAUCAUUCAGUGUUUACACAAAAGUGUCAGUUUUCAUCGAAUGGAUUGAAGGAAUUGUUUGGGGAAAGGAUGCUCGUUAGACUUAAAUGAU